AUGGGAGCUUGUUGCACUUCAUCUUCCACACCCCGCUGGCUUCGUGAGAACGAGGCCUCUUCUGCAGACUGGCCCAGUUCUUCCUCGGAGCAGCUGCGCGCUUUGCAGGCGAAACUGGCAAAAGUGGGGAAGGGAAGAGGACAUGGGCCUGAUGAGAGGCUCGUCGAGGUUUUUGGCCGCAAGAUUGAGGGCUGGGACGCUGCCAAGGACGUGAGCCUGCAUGUGAGCUUCACCCGGAGCCUGGAGGAGGCCCUCCCAAAGAACAGUGCCAUUGAAGGCCAACGCUCCGAGCUCCUCCAACAGCUGCUGCAGCUCUUGCCGCCCGUCGUCGAGGACGAUGUCCGAGUUUUUGCAUGCGCCACCGCGCUUGGCGCGGCGAAGAUUCGCAACAAGCUCUGUAGUGAGCAAGGAGGAAGUUGGAGAUGGGACAGCGAUAUGCCGUUCGAGAUGGUGGUGGGUGAUGCCGUGGUCAAUCCCGCAGACGGUCUCGUCUUGGUGCGCUCCGGGUGGCUCGCAAAAGGCGUGGUCUACCGGGAGCGUGGACAUGACGAGCAAGGCUUCGACAUCAUUCGUAUCCAGUUGAAGACGCACAAGGCUUUGAAGGAGACUUAUGUAUUCUCGAUCAACCUCGGCUCCGAUAUGUUCAAAGAUGUGUCCUGA